CAAAAGAGAGAUAUAUAUAUAAAGAUGUCGACAUCAACUAAGAAACAACCACAGCAGCAACAGCAACAAAAGAAAAGACAAGUCACUGCUGUUGACGAAGAGAAGACAACAGCUCAAAAUGAUAAACAAACUAUAGUACAGAAGAAGCAGAGAACUGCCGCUGCUGUAGUCACUACUGAAGUGCCAACUACAACAACAACAACUACUACUACAUCAACAAAGUCAAUCCUUAAGAAGGCAGACACUCCUGUGGCAUCGGCCGCCAAAGGCAAAAAGACUAAAGCCACAACCACAGACAACACAACAACUGCUACCCCUGUAAUAGAGAAGGAGUAUAGUCCAUUGCUUACAAUUGGAUGUUAUGAACAUUCGAUACUUGGUUAUGAGGCAUUGUUGAUGGCUGAUCAUCCAGAGCUGGGCAACCCAGACGAGAUGGAGGUACUCCUCCAACAGGUGUUUGCAUACGCCGCUCACUCGGGCUGCGUCAAGGCGGUGGGCACGACAGCCGACGGCGAGUUCCUGGUCAGCUCGUCCACUGACGAGACCAUGCGUGUCUACCGUUUGUCAAAGCGCGAGGAGUUUGGCACACUGUCCAAGCACGAGGGCUGGAUCAACGCCAUCCAAUUCUUUGGCAGCUCGCACAUGUUGGCAGCGUCGCGCGACCACACACUGAGCGUGUGGCGUGUGGCCGACUGGGAGUGUCUCAAGACACUCAAGGGCCACAAGGACAUUGUCAACUCACUGUCCAUCCAUCCGAGUGGCAAGGCUGCUCUGAGCGUGGGCAAGGAUCGUCGUCUGUUCCUCUGGGAUCUAAUGCGUGGAGUGGCGGCCAACUACAACAAACUGCCAAAGGAGGGACUCAUCGUCCAAUGGUCGCCCACUGGCAACCACUACUCUGUCGUCUACGCCGACCGAGUUGCCAUCUACACAACCGACGCCAAAGAGUUGCACAGCUUUGAGUUCAAGCAACCCGUACUCACAAUGAAGUACUAUGAUGAUGACAUAUUGAUGGUUGGAGGCGAGGACAAGUUGAUUACAUUGUUGGAUUAUAAGAAUGGCAAGGUGAUCAAACAGUUGGAGGGCAACUCGGCACGAGUCAAGGGAUUGGAAGUGUUGAGAUUCGACUCGGUAAAGAAGCCUUAUGUGGUCAGCAUAUCAUCGGAUGGCAAUGUCGUUGUUUGGAACAUUGACACUGAACUGCCGGUUGGAAUGGCAGAGACUGGCGCACGUCUAACUUGUAUCACACUGUGCAAUGUUGAGGUGAUGGACCAUGGCGACUCGGAUGACCAAGACUCGGACGACGACGAUGACGAAUCGGAUGAUAUGGAGGAUGGAGACGACAACGACCAACAGGAAAAGAACAUAUAUGAUGGUCCAAAGAUGAAGGUCGAUGUGGAGUAUGAUCGUGUUCAUAAAACAAGGAGUCCAAAAGUCAAGGUAGUCGACCAGGACGACGAGGUUGAGGCAGAGGUGGAGUCCAAGUCAAAGAAGACAAACAAUAAGAAGCCAACGAUUACUGAACGCAAGUAUGUGAUAAAGCCGCCUGCUCCUAUGAUGCCAGGUAUUCCAGUGCCAAGGAAGAUGUUGGCACAACGAAAGACAACCACA